GUACCGCAAGCAAAGCCCACAGCCAUCCAUGCUCCUAGUCAGGCCCCAGGACAGCUUCUGAAUAGAAGCCACGUCUUGGAGGACUAAGGGAGACCCCCUGGUUGGAGGAAUCAGAGACAGGCACUCAGCAGGGCAGCUCCCUCCCCAGCGAGUACACAGCAGCUGCCCAGGAUGCUAGCCAUUGAGGGCCGAGCUCUUCUUACUGCAGUGUAACCCAGCCCAGCCUGACGGGUGCAACUAGAGUUUGAGAAAAUGCACUCAAAGAAGUCUUCAGCUAAGAAGCAAGCCUGGCAUGAUGACAGAUCUGAAAAAGACAAGGGAAGGCUGAAGGGCCCUCAGCAGGGCACCAAAACCUCAGUAGGGAACCAAACUAAAAAGUGCCACAAAGGGGUGCUAAGCAUACGCCGCGGGCAUGUCUGCUCAGGUGUGAUGCUGAGCAUGGGCCAGGGCAUUUGGGGGAUGCCGGACUGAGUCACACAAGGGAAGGUAAUGGCAGGACAGUCCCAUGCAAUGGGCUGGAACCCAGGUGGGGCUGACAGAUGAUUGCAACAGGGAGCCUGAGCUCAGAACUCAAAUCCACGUUUCCAAGACCAGGUGCUCACUUGGCCCGAUUUGUAUCAUUUGGAAUCACUUAGUUAACGGGGAACAAAGUGAACACCAUGUAAUGAAAAAUCAGAGCUAUCAAAAUUUUUUUUAAUGCUGGGGUGGGACUGUCACAGAGAACACAGUGAACAGAGCAAGUUAGAAAUGUAUAUUCAGUUUUAAAGAAAAAGUGAUUUCUUUUCUUUAGUUUGCAAUUACCAGCCACCUUGAAAUAUGUCCUGAGUUUUAUCAACGUGAUUUCCUUUAGUUCUGAGGUGACUUUCAGCAUGCAAUUGUUAGCAUGAAAAUGCUGAAGGCAUUAUCACAAAGGAGAAAGAAUUCAGGAAUUCCAAAUGAGCCUUCUAAUUAGUGUGGAACCCUGAGCAGGCCAUUCGAUUUUUGUGCCUCAGUUUCCAUUACUGCAAAAUGGGGAUAAUGAGACCUAAUUUAUUCAAAAUUUCUUCUGUGGAUGACUGCCCAGUGCCAUUUUUUUCUUGCUAGCUCUUACCAAAUAUAAAACAUUAAUCAAGACUGCCUAUUCUAAAGGUACCACUUUGGGGGGCUGGCUUCCCUGUCUCUUGAUAUACUGGCAGAAAAUUAACAAACGAAUGAAUUAUAAAGAUUUGUACAUUUUGUUGCCAAGGACCUUGAGAUGGGAAUCAGAGCCUGGAUUUUUCCACAGCUCAACCACUAAUGUGCCUUGGGAUCUGGGGAAGUUGACCCCCACUCCAUGAACCUCAGUUUUCUUUACUGGUAAGAUAGGAGCAUUAAGGUCCUUUGGGGUCUUGAUUCACUGCAAGAUUUUAAUCCCAUCGUGACAGCCCAGUGUCCUUCUCUCCCAUGAUUCCUCUGAGCCUUGGCACUUGGCCUUCUGUGCCUAGACAAAUGGGCUCUCUUGCCCAAAGGACACAGACUCCAGCUCCCAAUGUGAGGCUUCCAAGAGCCAGGAACAUGGCAGUCACAAGCCCAGGACUUCAGGCAACUGACAUUUAUUGAAGAACAGCCAUGUAUCAGGCACAGUUCCAGGUGCUGGACUUGUUUGAAUGCAGUUACUCCUCUCAACAGCUCUGUGAGGAGGGUAGCAAGGUGAGAUGAACGCUUGGUCUUGCAUGGCCACAGGGCUCCCAUAAGCCCACCCUUCAGGUGGCCUCGUACCCGCCGGCUCCCCUGAACUAGGCUGCUUCGGGGAGGAACAGUAAGGCCGCUGAUAGCACCAGCACUAGCUGGCUGAGCUCCACAGGCAACCUGGGCUUAUUUCCUGCACAAGGGGGGUUGCCUGGCCCACAGGACUGAGCCUCCUACCCCCCUGAGACUGCCCUAUAAGUAGAGGGAGCCCUGCGAGGGAGGGAGGGACACCUGUGCGGCACAUCCAGCCCGCGAGCCUCUCUGGAAAAUAAGUGAGUUCUGCUGAGCUGGGCAGGAGCUUUCCACCUGCUGCGACAUGCCAUUUUCCAUCGCAUGGGGCCUCCUCCUGCUGGCAGACCUGUGCUAUCGGGUCCCUGGCUCCAUGCAUGUAUCCGAGCAUAGUCACGAAAUCCGUAAGAACCCCCCUAAUCCCAGCACAGCCCCCAAACUGGCCAACUUCUCCUUCAAGUUCUACCAGUCGCUGGCCGGACAGUCUAACACAAGCAACAUCGUCUUGUCCCCAGUGAGCAUCGCUAUAGCCUUUGCAAUGCCCUCCCUGGGGACCAAGGGUGACACUCACACCCAGAUCCUGCACGGCCUAGACGUCAACUUCAAGAAAGUACCUAAGGCUGAUGAUGUCCACAAAGCCUUUCACCAUCUUCUCAACACCCUCAACCGGUCAGACAGCCAGUUCCAGCUGGCCACCAAGAGUGCUGUAUUCAUUGAUAAGAAUCUAAAGCACGUACAUAACUUUUUGAAGACUGUCAAGAACACGUAUCACACAGAAGCCUUCCCCAUCAACUUUGAGGACACAGAAGAGGCCAAGAAACAGAUCAAUGAUUAUGCAGAGAAGGGAACCCAAGGGAAAAUUGUGGAUUUGGUCCAAGAGCUUGACAAAGACACAGUUCUUGUUCUCGUGAACUACAUUUUCUUUAAAGACAGCUGGAAGGAUAAAUUUGAGGCUAAGCACUUUGGGGAAGGAGACUUCCAUGUGGAAGAGAAGACCGCCAUCAGAGUGCCCAUGGCCACCUGCCUGGGCGUGUUCGGCCUGCACUGGGACAGGGGGCUGUCCUGCUGGGUGCUGCUGAGGCACUUUGAAGGCAGAGCCAGAGCAUUUCUGCUCAUGCCUGACCCCGGGAAGAUGCCGCAGCUGGAGGAGAGUCUCUCUGAGGAGUACCUCUCCAAUAUCCUCAGAGACGUUGACAUAUGGUACGUCCUAGCCCAGGGCAGACCCAGUAGCUGCCACAUCAGGCCUGCCAGGGGGUGGGAGGUAGGCCCACGUCCCACGGGCCACACAACCAUGCAUGACCAGGUGGAUCCAGACAGAGGCCGGGGUCGGGUCAGACACCGCCAGCCAGGCUCUGUGAGAAGGGCAGUGCCCACAGGUGAGGAGACGCAAUCCUGCCCUUGGGGACGUCCUUCCCCAGCACAGACACUGCCCCUUCCCGAUGGCCAGAGCCCAGAGCAGGGUGAGCAAUGCCAGCACUUGCUGGGGGAGAGCCAAGAAGGGAGAGGCGAGCUUCCUGGCAAAGGGGCAGCUGAGUGUGGCCUACAGGAUGGGAAGUCCAAGGCCAGCCCGGGAGCAGAGGCCGCUUGGGGGGGACCUGGAGAGCGAGCCCAGGGUGGGACCUCCCAGCACAUGCUCAAGCACGGUCCCUGCUCCUCGGCCCCAGACAUGCAGGGUUUGAUUGGGGUCCCCGCAAUGACAUAGUACUUGAGCAUGCACCCCAAAUUAGUGCACAUCUCUGCAUUCAUAAAUAUGCCCGAGCCUGCAGGAAAUAU